GCCAUCUCACCUCUGCUGAGAUUUUGCUUCAACGUCUGGAUUUUUCCAUCAGUCUGUGUUAAAGCAGGUGAUUCAUUUGUGAUACUCCUACUGAUCCACAAGUGGAAACUUUUUUUUUUCCUGAACAGCUUCUGCUGAGGUGUGUCCCAAGCUGAAGCACUGAAUGAUGGGUGUGUGGGCCAGAGCAGCGGCUCUGUCUCUGGUGCUGCAACAGCUGGUGCUCACUAUCACAGCUCAAGGCAUUAUCUACGACCUGCUGGUGUCUCCAGACUGCCUGCCAGACUUGCUCCAAGGAAGCUUGAAGAACAAAGGGCGAGAUGAGGCCUUCCUCCUCUCUUCCUUCAGGCUCCACAACAAGGCUCCCGUCUCUCUGUACAGUGUCAUUAACCCCAAAGACAACAGCAAGUACCUGGAGCUCAGCGUGCAGGCCAAACUGAGCAAGGUGACCGUACGUUACCAGAAGACUGAUGGCAGAUUUGGCACCACCAGUUUCAACCACGCUUCCCUGGCAGAUGGCCGAGAUCACCAUAUAAUGCUACACGCCAGUGGUCUACAGGGAGGUCCACCUCGUCUCUACAUCUAUGUAGACUGCACUCUGAUGCACACUUUGGAGGAUCUGCCGGCUGCUUUCGGGUCUCUCCCCCUUGGCCCCAACAAGGUGGCUCUAAGGACCCUACAGUCCAGUGGACAGGAUGAGCUGACAGACCUGAAGCUGGUGAUAGAGGACACUAUAGACAAUGUGGCGACUCUGCAGGACUGCAGCGUGGAUCAACGUGAAUCUCUGCAGCUGCUGAAUAUCCAGGGAGGCAGGACAGCAACAGACCAAGACACCAUACAGGAGCUGAGGACCAUGUUUUCAGAGAUGAAGAAGCUGCUCCUCCAGCAGAUUAAGGAGACAACUUUUCUGAGGAAUACCAUCGCAGAGUGUCUUGUCUGUGGUCCUGGGGGCACUCCAACCAACCCAGAUCCAGCUCCGAGUCCUUGGCAGUUUGUCAUGCAGCCUCAGCCUCUGACGCAGUGUCUACCUGGGACCUGUUUCAGACAGAACAUGUGCAUCCCCACAGAGUCAGGAGGUUUUCAGUGUGCCCCCUGUCCUGAUGGAUUUACAGGAGACGGGGUGCACUGUGACGAUGUAGAUGAGUGCCAGUUUAACCCAUGUUACCCUGGUGUCCGGUGUGUGAACACUGCUCCUGGUUUUCGGUGUGAGAAGUGCCCUCUGGGAUUCAGUGGACCAGAGUUAAAUGGAGUGGGAGUGUCCUAUGCCAAGUCACACAAACAGGUGUGUGACGAUAUUGAUGAGUGUCUGAGCCCGCCUGAGAUAGGAGGUUGCACUCCCAACUCGCACUGCUACAACACUAUAGGCUCGUUCCGCUGCGGAGACUGCAAAACUGGUUUCACAGGUGACCAGAGGAGUGGCUGCCAUGGUACCAGGCUUUGCCCCAACGGUAAACUCAGUGCCUGUGACGUAAAUGGCGAGUGUGUCGUGGAGAGAGACGGCAGCAUUAGCUGUGUGUGUGGUGUUGGCUGGGCAGGUAAUGGCUAUGUGUGUGGAAAGGACACAGAUAUUGACGGAUACCCUGACGAAAAACUCCCGUGCAGCAACAUCAACUGUGAGCAGGACAACUGUGUGUUUGUGCCAAACUCUGGCCAAGAGGAUGCAGACAGGGAUGGGAUAGGCGACUCCUGUGAUGAUGAUGCAGACAACGAUGGCAUUUCUAACUUAGAUGACAACUGCUGGCUCGUUCCUAAUGUGGAUCAAAGAAACAGCGAUAAGGAUCUCCUUGGCGACGCCUGUGACAACUGCAGGACAGUUGACAAUCCUUCACAGAUGGACACUGAUCAGGACGGGCUGGGAGAUGAGUGUGAUGAUGAUAAGGAUGGGGAUGGUCUGAUGAAUAUUCUCGACAACUGCCAGCAAGUCCCCAACCCAGACCAGAAAGACAGAGACAAUGACGGGGUGGGAGAUGUCUGUGACAGCUGUCCUGAUAUGUUUAACCCCAACCAGUCUGACACCGAUGGCGACCUUGUGGGCGAUACCUGUGAUAACAAUAUAGACAGUGAUGGUGACGGCCACCAGAACACAAACGACAACUGUCCCGAAAUCAUCAACGCCUCUCAGCUGGACACUGACAAGGAUGGAAUGGGAGAUGAAUGUGAUGAUGACGAUGAUAACGACGGCAUAUUGGACGUUCAUGACAACUGCAGACUAGUCCCCAACCCAGAUCAAAAAGACACAGAUAUGAACGGUGUUGGAGAUGCAUGUGAAGGAGAUUUUGACAAAGACAAUGUUAUUGACAUAAUCGACCACUGCCCGGAGAACGCUGAGAUCACCCUGACCGACUUCCGAGCCUAUCAGACCGUCGUGCUAGAUCCAGAGGGGGACUCUCAGAUUGAUCCCAACUGGGUUGUCCUCAAUCAGGGCAUGGAGAUUGUUCAGACCAUGAACUCUGACCCUGGUCUUGCAGUCGGCUACAAAGCAUUCAGCGGGGUCGAUUUUGAGGGAACAUUUCACGUUAACACAGUGACAGAUGAUGACUACACUGGCUUCAUCUUUGGCUACCAGGACUCCUCUUCCUUCUACGUGGUGAUGUGGAAACAGACUGAACAAACUUACUGGCAGGCUGCACCCUUCAGAGCUGUCGCCGAGCCAGGAAUACAGCUCAAGGUUGUGAAGUCAAAGACGGGUCCUGGUGAGUACAUGAGGAACUCCCUCUGGCACACAGGAGAUACCCCUGACCAGGUCCGUCUCCUGUGGAAGGACCCCAGGAACGUGGGCUGGAAGGACAAGGUCUCCUACCGUUGGUUCCUCCAGCACAGACCGCAGGUUGGAUACAUCAGGGCCCGCUUCUUUGAGGGUCCAACGCUGGUAGCGGACACACAGGGGAUAAUUGACACCAGUAUGAGAGGUGGGAGACUGGGCGUGUUCUGCUUCUCUCAGGAAAAUAUAAUCUGGUCCAAUCUGAAGUACCGAUGCAAUGACACGAUUCCUGCUGACUACGAGGAUCCCAACAACCAGAACACUGAGUGAAGCUCGAGCAGAGGAGCCAUCCGUCAACAAAACAGCUUUAGCCCGCCUGAAAACAUGGAUGAAGGGAGCAGAGCUGCAACAAAGAGGUAGAGGACGUGAGUUAGAGAGAGGAGGAUGAAUGUUUUGGUAAAAUACUUUAAUGAUAGUAUUUCAACAGCCAUUUGAGUUAGAGGGUCUUAGGAAAGCAUAUUGUUGGGCAUUUUAUACUUUGUAACUGAGCGAAGUGCAUUCUUGUAUAAAUCAUCAGCGGGUUCUGUGUAUGUCUAUGCAAUAUCUCAAAUGCUUCUUUAUCGGCAUUUUAUGAGUACUGUUUAAGAUAGAAUACUAUCUGAAUAUGUUGCAAGUACAAUAAAAUCAAGAGCAUUUCAAGAAA